AUGGCUAAGGAACAUGUCGGAUCGCCAAAGUAUCACUUAAUGGAAGCAAGAAAGGGUCAUGUCACGCGUUUGUUAGCCGUUAGUGGACUCUUCACCUUAUUCUACAUAUUGGGGGCUUGGCAAAGCAGUACUAUCUCCCCUACAACGCAUACGGAAUUCACAAACAAAGUUGGAUGUGAAAAAACAUCUGAUAAAGCCGCUGGUUCGUUAUCAUCAAGAACAUCAUCACCAUCUUCUGACUCGUUGGAUUUUGAUAGUCAUCAUCAAUUAAUAGUUGAGGAUCCACGUUUACCCGAGUUCCCACCGUGUAACAUGUCCUAUAGUGAAUACACUCCAUGCCAAGACACUUCGCGUGGUAACGAAUUCGAUAGAGAAAUGUUGAAGUAUAGAGAGAGACAUUGUCCGAGUAAAGAAGAACUCCUGCGUUGCCUCAUACCCGCACCACCAAAGUAUAAACUACCCUUUAAAUGGCCAAAAAGUCGAGACUAUGCGUGGUAUGAUAACAUUCCCCAUAAAGAACUUAGCAUCGAGAAAGAUCGCCAAAACUGGAUUAAAGUUGAAGGCGACCGGUUUAGAUUUCCUGGAGGUGGUACUAUGUUUCGCUAUGGAGCCGAUUCUUACAUUGAUGAUAUCAAUGAACUUAUACCUCUCUCAAACGGGACCAUUCGAACCGCAAUAGAUACAGGGUGUGGAGUUGCAAGUUGGGGUGCAUACCUGCUCAAGAGAGACAUAAUCACAAUGUCUUUUGCUCCAAGGGACACACAUGAAGCCCAAGUAUGGUUUGCGUUAGAACGUGGGGUUCCCGCUAUGAUUGGCAUUAUGGGAUCACAAAGACUUCCUUACCCGUCCCGGGCAUUUGACAUGGCUCAUUGCGCUCGUUGCCUAAUUCCAUGGAGUAAAUAUGGUGGAUUGUAUUUAAUUGAAGUAGACAGAGUUCUAAGACCUGGUGGUUAUUGGAUACUUUCUGGACCUCCUAUUCAGUUUAGGAAGUUGUGGAGAGGAUGGGACAGAAGUAGAGAAGAUUUGAAACAUGAACAAGAAGAUAUCGAGGAUGUCGCGAAGCGUCUUUGUUGGAAAAAAGUCAUAGAAAAGGAUGCUUUAGCUGUAUGGCAAAAACCAAUCAACCACAUUGAUUGCAUCAAAAUCAAAAAGAAGCAUCACAAGCCACUUAUAUGCAAAUCGGGCAAUGCUGACGAAGCAUGGUAUAAAGACCUUGAAGGUUGCAUUACCCCCUUGCCAGAAGUAAGCAGCCAGGAUGAAGUCUCGGGUGGAGCUAUAGAAAAAUGGCCCGCACGCGCAAUGGCAGUGCCGCCUAGAAUUAGCAACAAUUUUGUAAGAGAAAUCACAGAAGAGAAAUUUCAAAAGGAUAACGAAAUAUGGAAAAAGCGUGUGACACAAUAUAACCGCAUAGUUACUGCUUUACCUCAAGGAAGAUACCGUAACAUAUUGGACAUGAAUGCUUACCUUGGUGGAUUUUCUGCAGCCUUGAUGAAAUAUCCGGUAUGGGUAAUGAAUGUGGUUCCGGUCAAUAUCCAACCUGACACGCUAGGAAUUAUUUAUGAACGUGGAUUCGUCGGGGUAUACCAUGAUUGGUGUGAGGCAUUCUCAACUUAUCCAAGAACAUAUGAUCUCAUCCAUGCAAAUGGUGUGUUCAGCAUGUAUCAAGAUAGGUGUGAUAUCACGGACAUUCUAUUGGAAAUGGACCGAAUCUUGCGGCCUGAAGGGACCGUAGUGUUUAGAGAUGAGCCGGAUCUGAUAAGAAAGAUUAAAAGUAUAGCCGAACGUAUGAGGUGGAAUACCAAGACAGUUGACCCUGAAAGUGAACCACACAACGGAGAAAAAAUACUUGUUGCUAUUAAGACCUACUGGACUGGUGAAGCUAAUGAGGAGCGAAACCACACUAAACCGAACUAGCAAGUGUUUUAGGCUGAAGAUGCUUGCUUAUUCUCCGGCCUGCAGGUUGCAAACGAGCGGGUUGUGAAGCUUGUUUAACCGGUCAAAACAUAUAUAGGUUGCACCGAGUUGUUUUGUCGCAAUAGGCUAUAGCGACGAAACUUUGUCUCAACAAGUUCGUCACUAUUGCUCCGGCGUAACAGGUCAAGUUUUUUGUCGCUAUAACGUUGUCGCAAUAGAUAGGCCAUUGGCAACUAAAUCUAGUCGCAAUAGGUGUGUUGCUAAAAAUAUUACAUCUAUUAAAAUUAAUCUUAAAUGUUUUAAAUGGAGACUCUUA